AUGCUGGCUACUACCCCGGGCCGAAGAGGGCAAGUUUUUGGCCAGGUCCUCAAAUUUGCAAAGAGGAAAAUACAUUUAAAUGCUGAUCUAGACAGUGCUUUGAGGAAACUGCCAAGCUCAGGCGUUGUUGUCAUCGGUGGAGGCCAUGCUGGUUGCGAGGCUGCCGCUGGAUCGGCACGAUCAGGUGCAUCUACUGUGUUGGUAACCCCGUAUCUAAAUAAAAUAGGAACUUGUUCGUGCAAUCCGUCUAUGGGCGGUGUAGGUAAAGGCACUUUGUUGAGAGAAGUAGACGCAUUAGAUGGUGUGGCCCCAAAAGUGACUGAUUUGGCUGGUAUACAGUUCAAAAUGCUGAACAGAAGCAGAGGUGCUGCGGUGUGGGGUCCAAGAGCACAGAUCGAUCGCGAACUGUAUCUUGAACACAUGCAGCAAGCUUUGAAGAAGCUCCCGAACUUGAGGCUUCAUGAAGGAAAAGUCAAGGAUUUGAUCAUUGAUACAGAUAACAGAUCUUCCUCGAGUCCAGUUCCGAAAGUGGUAGGCGUUGUUUUAGAGGACGGGCAGAUCCUUCGAUCGUCAAAUGUGGUUAUCACGACCGGCACAUUUUUGAGUGCCGAAAUCCAUAUAGGCUUAAAAAGCUUUCCAGCUGGUAGAAUGGGCGAAGAUCCCACGUACGGUAUCAGCACGACUUUGCGCGAAGCAGGUUUUCAGCUUGGUAGACUGAAAACUGGAACUCCCGCCAGGCUCGAUGGCCGUACAAUCGAUUUCACUAAUCUGGAAAAACAAUACGGUGACGACCCCCCACACGCUAUGAGCUUCAUGAAUAACGCUGUGGCGAUAAAAGAGCAGGUCUUGUGUUUUGGUACUAACACCACACCACAGGUUCAUGAGUAUUUGAGGUCAAACCUUGAUAAAGCCUUACACAUUCGAGAAACCAUAAAAGGGCCGCGUUAUUGUCCCUCUAUCGAGGCGAAGAUCGUUAGAUUUGCUGACAAAGACUCGCACAAAAUUUGGCUUGAACCAGAAGGACUAAACUCUCAUGUAAUAUAUCCAAAUGGCGUAUCAAACUCGAUGCCAGAGGAUAUACAGGUCAAGUUCAUGCGUAUGAUACCUGGACUAGAGAAUGUUGACAUCUUGCAACCUGCAUAUGGAGUUGAAUACGAUUAUAUCGACCCGAGAGCGCUCAAAGCUACUUUGGAAACAAAGCUACUCAAGGGUUUGUAUCUAGCAGGCCAAAUUAACGGCACAACAGGAUAUGAGGAAGCAAGCGCACAGGGUAUCAUUGCGGGUAUCAACGCAGGUCGUUCGGAACAAAAUAAAGCCCAACUGAUAUUAUCAAGAUCAGAUGCAUAUAUUGGAGUUCUGAUUGAUGAUCUGAUAACUAAGGGAGUCACAGAGCCUUACCGGAUGUUUACUUCACGAUCAGAAUUUCGCGUUAGCGUUAGAGCAGACAAUGCAGACUUCCGGUUAACAGAACUCGGGCGCAAAUUUGGUGUAGUUGGUGACAAGAGAUGGGAAGUGUAUCAAUCGCACAAACAAAUCUUUAAGGACAUUGUCGACAAAUUAUUGAGCUUUGAGCAAAGUGCUACGAAAUGGGAGAAGUCUCUCGGAAUUUCAGUGGCGGAUAGCGCCAAAAAUAAGAGUGCAUGGGAAAUGUUCAGGUUCAAUCUUGUUGACUACGAGAGGCUGGUAAAUAGUGUCCCUGAAUUGGCUACUGAUCUCAAUCAAAUUCCGAAACAUGUUCUGCUGAAAGUGGAUGUAGAAGGAAAGUACGCUCCUUACAUCAAGAAACAAGACCAGUACAUCAAGGCAUUCCAAGCGGACGAGGGUAUGCUUCUUCCGCAAGGGUUUGAUUACUCGAAUAUGCCAUCGUUGAGCAGUGAAUGUAAAAGCAUUUUGAACUUAGUUCAGCCUUCGACGAUUGGACAGGCACGAAGAAUUCAGGGCAUCACACCUGCGUCCCUUUUUGAGCUUUACAAAUUGGCGAGAUUUAAGCAACACGACGUUCAAAGCUUGCUAGCAAAGAAUGAGCUCUAA